UCGGCGGGCCGCACAGGACGAGAGGACUGUCACUGUGGACGCUUCGAGCUCACCGACCCGGGACACCGGCCUCUGGGGGGGCGUCAGGCCUUUUCCUCUGGGCUCCACGGCUCCCGAUCACCGGUGAGCAGCGUUCGGUGAGGAGGGCGAUGUCUGCGGGAACCCACCGUGGUCCCCCGGGGAACCGGGCACCUCCGUUCGCGCGUCUCUGUUGCGUCUCGGCCGCGCUGGGGAUGCUGUGGUCCCCUGCGUCUCUGGCGUUCAACUUGGAUGUGGACAAGCUCACUGUGUACAGUGGCCCCGAGGGCAGCUACUUCGGCUACUCACUGGACUUCUACAUACCUGAUGCGCGCACAGCCAGUGUCUUAGUGGGGGCGCCCAAAGCCAAUACUAGCCAGCCGGAUAUCGUAGAAGGGGGAGCUGUCUACUACUGUCCCUGGCCCUCAGAGAGGUCUGCACAGUGCAAGCAGAUACCGUUUGACACCACCAACAACAGGAAAAUCAGAGUUAAUGGAACCAAAGAACCUAUAGAAUUUAAAUCAAACCAGUGGUUCGGAGCCACAGUGAGAGCGCACAAAGGAAAAGUUGUGGCUUGUGCCCCUUUAUAUCACUGGAGAACUCUGAAACCUAAUCCAGCAAAGGACCCAGUUGGCACAUGCUAUGUAGCAAUUCAGAAUUUCAGUGCUUAUGCUGAGCACUCACCUUGUCGAAACAGCAAUGCUGAUCCUGAAGGCCAAGGUUACUGCCAGGCGGGGUUUAGCCUAGACUUCUAUAAGAAUGGAGACCUUAUAGUGGGAGGACCUGGAAGCUUUUACUGGCAAGGUCAGGUGAUCACUGUCAGUAUAGCAGACAUCAUUGCAAAUUACUCAUUCAAGGAUAUUUUACGAAAACUGGCCGCAGAAAAGCAGACAGAUGUGGCUCCAGCUUCCUAUGAUGACAGCUACCUUGGAUAUUCAGUUGCUGCUGGAGAAUUCACUGGUGACUCUCAGCAAGAAUUGGUUGCUGGGAUUCCAAGAGGAGCACAGAACUUUGGAUAUGUCUCCAUCAUUAACUCCACAGACAUGACCUUCAUUCAGAAUUUUACUGGUGAGCAGAUGGCAUCUUAUUUUGGAUAUACUGUUGUGGUAUCAGAUGUUAACAAUGAUGGCAUGGAUGACAUAUUGGUUGGGGCACCUCUCUUUAUGGAGCGAGAAUUUGAAAGUAACCCUAGAGAAGUGGGACAGGUCUACCUGUACCUACAAGCCAGCGCCCUCCUCUUCCAAGACCCACAGGUCCUCACUGGCACAGAGACAUUUGGGAGAUUCGGUAGCUCUGUGGCCCACUUGGGGGACCUGAACCAAGAUGGAUACAAUGACAUCGCCAUCGGUGUGCCCUUUGCAGGCAAGGAUCAACGAGGUAAAGUCCUCAUUUAUAAUGGAAAUUCAGAAGGCUUACACAGCAAGCCUUCCCAAGUUCUGCAAGGAAUAUGGGGGUCACAGACCAUCCCUUCUGGAUUUGGCUUUUCUCUAAGAGGAGAUGCAGACAUAGACAAGAAUGAUUACCCAGAUUUACUUGUAGGGGCAUUUGGAAAAGGAAAAGUAGCUGUUUACAGAGCAAGGCCAGUUGUAACUGUGGAUGCCCAGCUUCUGCUGCACCCAAUGAUUAUCAACCUUGAAAAUAAAACUUGCCAGAUUCCAGAAUUCCCAACUCCUGUAGCCUGCUUUUCUGUAAGAGUCUGUGCAUCUAUAGCAGGCCAGAGCAUUUCAAAUACAAUAGCCCUGCUGGCUGAGGUGCAGUUAGAUUUCCUGAAGCAAAAAGGAGCCAUCAAGCGGACGCUCUUUCUCCACAACCACCAGUCCCAUCUCACCUUCCCCUUUGUGAUGAAGCAGCAGAAAUCCCCCCACUGUCAGGAUUUUAUGGUUUACCUUCGGGAUGAAACUGAAUUCCGAGAUAAAUUGUCUCCAAUCAACAUCAGCCUGAACUACAGCUUGGACGAUUCCACCUUUAAAGAUGGCCUGGAAGUGAAACCAAUUUUGAAUCACUACAGAGACAAUGUCGUUACUGAGCAGGCUCACAUCCUGGUGGACUGCGGAGAAGACAACCUAUGUGUUCCUGACUUGAAGCUGUCAGCUAGACCAGAUAAGCAUCAGAUAAUUAUUGGUGAUGAAAAUCACCUAAUGCUCAUAAUAAAUGCAAGAAAUGAGGGAGAAGGGGCCUACGAAGCCGAACUCUUCGUCAUCAUCCCUGAAGAAGCAGAUUACGUUGGGAUUGAGCGCAACAGCAAGGGACUGAGGCCCCUGAGUUGUGAGUACAAGAUGGAAAACGUGACCAGGAUGGUGGUGUGUGACCUCGGGAACCCGAUGGUGACUGGAACAAAUUUUUCUCUGGGCCUCCGAUUUGCUGUUCCUCGUCUUGAGAAAACAAAUAUGAGCAUUAACUUCGAUCUCCAAAUCAGAAGCUCCAACAAGGACAAUCCUGACAGCAACUUCGCAAGUGUACAAAUCAACAUCACUGCAGUUGCUCAGGUCGAAAUCAGAGGAGUAUCCCACCCUCCACAGAUUGUUCUGCCCAUCCACAACUGGGAAGCAGAAAAGAAGCCACACAAAGAGGAGGAAGUUGGUCCCUUGGUUGAGCAUAUUUAUGAGCUGCACAAUAUUGGACCCAGCACCAUCGGUGAGAGCAUUCUUGACGUGGGCUGGCCGUUUUCUGCACGGGAUGAGUUUCUCCUCUAUAUUUUUCAUCUUCAAACUCUGGGACCUCUACGAUGUCAAACAAAUCCUGAGAUCAACCCACAGGAUAUAAAGCCUGCUUCCUCCCCAGAGGAUACCCCUGAGCUCAGUGCCUUCUUAAGAAAUGCUACAAUUCCCCAUCUUGUCAGGAAGAGAGAUGUGCCAGUGGUCCACCUCCACAGACAGAGCCCUGCAAGAAUACUGAACUGUACCAACAUUGACUGCUUGCAAAUCUCUUGUGCAGUGGGUCGCCUGGGAGGAGGUGAAAGUGCAGUCCUGAAGGUCAGAUCAAGAUUGUGGGCCCACACGUUCCUCAAGGAAAUUUCUGUAGAAGAGACGAGCCAAGAGCAGUUGGUGAAGACACUCAAGAGAAAGAAUGAUCAUUAUGCUCUUGCAUCCCUGGUGUCCUUUGAAGUCAAGAAGAUGCCUUAUAAAGAACAGCCAGCAAAGCUGCCAGCGGGGAGCACAGCGAUUAAGACGUUGGUUAUUUGGGCCACUCCGAAUGUCUCCUUCUCAAUUCCAUUGUGGGUCAUAAUACUAGCGAUCCUUCUUGGUUUGCUGGUUCUGGCCAUCUUAACUUUAGCUUUAUGGAAGUGUGGAUUCUUUGAUAGAGCAAGACCUCCUCAGGAGGAAAUGACAGACAGGGAACAACUGACCAGUGACAAGACCCCGGAGGCGUGACUUGGAAACAUGAAGACCUAAAAUUCAAGCACUGAUCCUAUUCAAAGAAAGGAAGGAAGGAAGGACACAAGAACUAAAUGAUCAUAGCCUUCCAUACCUGCCAAUGACCCAGGGAAUGAAGAAUCCUUAAUGAUCACCUCACUUAAGUCAUGCAUUGACAUGGAGUGCAGAGAACCCCAGGUGAAAAGAAAUGCAGCCACCAACACUACAGAAACAAUCCACAGCCAUGAAGGUUUCCUUUGCCUUACUAUUUCACAUCUGGCUGACAUUCUGGAACAGCUGUAGGAACUCAGGCAGCUGUCCAGGUCAGCCCAAUAUGACUUACAAAAACAAUUCUUACAGAGAUAAGAUGAACUGAGAUUGAACACUACUGUAAUCCAAUGGAAUCUUGGACACCUCCCUAUGGAAGAGAACCCUUUCUAAGGAUGCGAAGGCUCAGGGAGAAAAGUGAUAUGAUGUUGGGACUAUGAAAGUGAUUGUGGAACUACAGAGAUGAUUUCAUUAUGGGAAGACCAAAAAAAAAAAAAAAAAUGUAUUUAUUUAUGUUUCCCUUCACUAGGUGGAGAAUAGGGCCAUCUAGAGGAUGUGGAAAUUAAGAUUUGGUUAGCUAGAUUUCAUCACUACUCAGCUUACUUCCUCUUAAGAUAACUACUCUGUGCAGAUAGUGUGUUUAAUUGGUCUUCUUCAGGUGUUAGUUGGUGUUACACAUGGUUUGGCAUUAGGGCUCUGUUGUGCUUAAUUUCCUGCUGCCUGGAGUGACUUUUUUUCAUGUUCUCUGGAAACCCAUGUCUAUAUAAUUCAACUUUACAAAAUCUUAUAUUUAUAGUUCCUUUUAUAUGUAUAAAAAAACUAUUUCCAGUGACUUCUUUAAAGCACUCAUUUCAAGGUACUCACUAUGCUGAUGAUGUUGAAAAUUACUUGCACAAUUUUGUAGAGUCCAUAUAAAAAAACAAUUUAACUGUAUGGGUGAAUAUUAUCUUAAUAGCUAUAGUAAACACCAAUAUUUACCUUGAAAUUUACACACUCAUUUUCAUUGUAAUACCUCACAUUUAUAUAAGAUUGAAAAAACUGUGUUAAACAUAAAUAAGAUGAAGAUAUAUAAAGUUAUACAAGUGUGAGCCAAAUAGAAACUCACUCUUAAGGACCUAACAGUGCUUAUUACAGCUUUAUUGUGCACUCUUUAUGGUUAACCUUUCCUAGCAAGUAAUAUUGGAGAAUCUUUUAUAUUUAAGCUAUUUUUACCAUCAUCUUUACCUAAACAUUGCUUAGAGCUCUUGUAAAUAAUCCAUAAUAAUUUGCAAUGUUAUCAUUUUGAAGUAAUAUUGACCAGCCAAAUUCAUAAGAUUGUCUGCACAAUUUUAUAUCCUUUUUGAUAAUAAUGAAAAAUUACUAUGGAGAAAUGCUGAACAAAAUGUUAUGUGCAAUAUUUUAUAGACCUAUGUAUCUGAGGCAUGUUUACACUGGCAUUAGUUUCUUUUUUUAAUUAAUAUCCUGAACACUAAGUCUGAUAUAACAAACUGACCAAAAUCCUAACAUUUACACAACAGUUAGAAAACUCUGUGUCUCAGUUUCAACAAUGACACUUUAUUUGAAAGAUGACCCAAGCUCACAGAUAGUAAAUUUUAUGUGGUGCCUUAACCUGGAAAGGAGCCAUUUGGCUUCAGUUGCCACAGUUCCUUGGAAAGCAAAUGAAAUGCACAGGGUCAGUCAUCAUUGCUGUUCAUCUUGUCCUGCUUGUCAGUUAAAUCUGUCCUGGUAGCUGGCUUAUGUCUAUGAGGAACUCACAUAUAGUUCCCAUUCUAUAUGUCUAGUAUCUAGGGAGCACAACACUUGCCUCAAAGAGUCACAUACCAGCCUCUGGGGUUGUCUUUACUGUUAGUCUUUUUGGUGGGACAACUCACUCUACAUUUUAAGUUUUGUGAUUCCUGAUGUGGGUCCAUUACAAAUUCCUCAGAAGUUUGGAAUGCAUCUCUGGUCUUAAAAGAACUCAGAGAACUCUUAGGGUGAAACAGGAACGGUGGGAGACAGCCAUAUGGGAAAAACUAAAGAUGUCAGGAGACGACAGGACCGACACAGAAGAAGGUAUGGGGAUAUCAGAGGCAAACCAUGGCUUUUCAUGGUUUCAACUGUAGAAGUGCAGGUGGGAUGUCAUACGUAGGCACACAGAAAACUGAGGUCAGGUAACCCCUCUGGGAACAUGUUCGUAGUCAUCCCACCCUCACAGAGAACUGAGUAUUCAACAAUGCAUAUGGCAUUGUUGAUGCUUC